GGCUUUAAGGAGCUUGACGUUUGGUAACAUACACUAGUCAGAGAUUAUCACCUGUGACUCAUCAAGUGCUAACAAACCACCACCACCGCCUGGACACAAGCGAGGAGAAGGUUUAAAUGCAGACUGUGAGGAAGGGAUGUCAGCAUGCAUGCUGAUGGGGCUCCAAGCAAGCGCAUGGUGCAACAGCGCUGCAGAAUCCUGAAUCCAGCGCCUUGGAGAAUCCGCGUCCUUGUUUUGCGGUGAUGUGCGGGAGCCUGUGAAACAAGCAGCUCACACUACUGCAGUGGAGGAGUAAAUGCGGAGCCCAACAGUGCUCCAGGUGAUCCACAGCAGCCCAGCCCGGCACGCUGCUGUCUCCUCUUGCCUUCCCUCUCCUCCUCCUCCUCCUCCUUCCCCCUCCCCCUCCUCCUCCUUCUCCUCCUCCGUCUAUGCUCCGUUCGUCUGAGGGCUUUGCAAAAAAAACCAAAAAAAAAACGGAGCAGAAUAGCAGAGGAGAAACCCCGCUUGCCCAUCUCUGAUGUGAAACACCUUCUCGGCUGGCGGCAGCUUCCCAGUCAUCGUGUGAUGACACACAGCGUAUGUGCUCCAAUGCCUCGGCAACAUAGGCUCGCUGCACGAGCAGACACCUUGGUCCCGGUCUGGGAAAUUCAAUGAAGCCAGACGCCUCCCUCCGGCCAGGAACAUGAAGGGCUUAUCGGGCAGCCGCUCCCAACACCAGAUCCCUUUACCCCAUGGGCUCGACUACGACCCCUACGUGCAUGACUUCCACACGCACCAUGGCUCGGACACCCGCCACACCUCCUACCUGCUCAGCCCGACAGAGAGCUGCCCUAUGGACUUCCAACAUCGCUACUCACCGCGGAGCUCCAUUCACUCCGACUGUAUGAUGAUGUCCCCGGUCGUGAUGCCUCCCGUCGCCGUGUCCGACCACAUCUCCAGCAGCACCUUCCCCCGGAUGCACUACAGCUCUCCGUAUUAUGAUUCGGCCACACGGGACGACUGCGUCGCCAUAACAGCCUCUGCCACCUCGCCGGCCGUCGCCGCUGCUGCAGCCGCGGCCGCCGCCUCCUCGCACCACGCCGGCACCAAGAGCAAUCGCCUCCCCGCCAAUCUCUUGGAUCAAUUUGAGAAGCAAAUGCCACUACACCGCGAUGGCUUCCACACCUUACAGUACCAGCGUACAUCCACCGCCGCCGAACAACGCAGCGAGAGUCCCGGCCGCAUCAGACACCUUGUUCAUUCGGUCCAGAAGCUCUUCACAAAGUCCCACUCCCUGGAGGGAUCGUCCAAGAUGAACGGCACAAAAGGCGGCGACAUUAUAGGAAGCGGAUCAGGGAGUUACCAUCACCACGGCCAUCAGCCUAACAAACACGGCAGCAAGAGGAGCAAGAGCAAAGAACGCAAGCACCGGUCCGGCGGCUGGUGGAGCUCUGACGACAAUCUGGAUAGUGACAGCACCUACCGUACUCCCAGCGUCAUGUCCCGACACCACGGGGAACACAUCGCCCAUUGUUACCCAGAUCCCAUACACGGACACCACUUUGGAGAGCUGUCACUCAAGACCUCGAAGAGUAACAACGACGUCAAGUGCAUAGCCUGUGACAGUAUGGCAAUGGCGCCCGAAGGCAAAUUCAUGAAGCGGAGCUCCUGGUCUACGCUGACAGUUAGCCAGGCAAAGGAGGCCUAUAGGAAGUCAUCACUCAACCUAGAGAAAACCAUGAUGCACACCGAGCAUAAGCCUUCGCGGACCUGUCACUAUCUACAGGUACCUCAAGACGAGUGGGGAGGAUACCCCGGCGAGAAGGAUGACGAGAUCCCGUGUCGGCGGAUGAGGAGCAGUAGCUAUGUGAAAGCCAUGGGAGAGGUGGACGAUGAUAGCGGCGAUUCCGAAAGCCCCAAGACCUCCCCGCAGAAAAGCGUUCGACCCGAUGCGCUGGUCCUCAAGUCAGCCAUGCAGAGACCCCAUUUCGACACCCAUAGCCCGGGCUACCGGUUGCACACCAUGAGAGAAAUGCGGGCCCACCCAAGCGUGACGCUGGACCCGGCCACCACCUUUCAUCCGCCGCCCUUCCGCUCUCGCAACCAGAGCUACAUGCGCGCUGUCAGCACCCUCAGUCAAGCUAGCUGCGUCAGUCAGGUGAGUGAGACUGAGAUCAAUGGCCAGUUUGAGUCAGUUUGCGAGUCCGUUUUUAGCGAAGUAGAAUCCCAGGCUAUGGAGGCCUUGGACCUGCCGGGUUCGUUCCGCACUCGAAGCCACAGUUACCUCCGUGCAAUACAGGCUGGUUAUUCCCAAGAUGACGACUGCUUGCCUUCAAUGACAUCCUCCACUGUCACUUCAACUCUCAGAUCCACAACAGGCGCCCGUAGCUUAGCUGGGGGGCGUAGAGAGUACGGUAGGUCUGGCAUUCAGUUUCGUCUCCCUACUUCGUGCAGUGUGGACCGUGCUCAGCCACCGCAAGCGGUGUCAUAUCCUCCUAGUUACAAGAAGACCCCACCUCCCGUGCCCCCGCGCGCCACCACCAAGCCUCUUAUCUCUGUGACAGCCCAGAGCAGCACUGAAUCCACCCAAGAUGCCUACCAGGACGGGAGGCAACCCCGAGGCGGUCUGUGGGCCACCGACAGCCUCGGACGUCCCAUCUACAGCUCCAUGGACAGCCUGGACAGCUCCAAAGCCGUCACGAUGGCCAUGGAGUCUGCGGCGCCCAAGAGGCACGCAUCUUUGGGCAGCCACAGCUCCAUCCAGACUUGCGACAAAGCCGUGUUGGUAUCCAAGGCGGAAGAGUACCUCAAAACUCCAAGAUCCUCCAUCGGGAUACAGGUGGAAACUGCGACAGAAUCCGAGACUGAAAGCAAAGGUCUUCCUCAGUUUCACUCUAUAGGUAUCCAGGUGGAGGAUCACAAAAGGCGAGGUCGGGUGAAGCGGUCCAACAGCGUUACCACCGCCGUGCAAGCCGACAUGGAGCUAGAGGGCUUCCCCUCCAUGGAGGACAAGGGUCUGCAGUUCGGUGGCGCUUUUGGGCGCCACUCUGAGCCGAGCACCCCCACGCAGUACGGGGCCAUCCGUACAGUGCGCACACAAGGCCUGUUUAGCUACAGGGAGGACUACCGGACCUCCAGCGGGCCCCCCAGCCCGCAGCCUGCACCCUGGCUUGUUGAACCCAGCCUGGAGGCCAGCGAGACGGGUCGAGUGUCUCCUCUUCGCAGGGACGGCAGCUGGUUCAUGCAGCUUCUUCACAAUGAAUCCAAAAGGAUGGAGGGAUGGUGUAAAGAGAUGGAGGGGGAGGCGGAGGAACACGAUCUGACGGAGGAGAUUCUAGGAAAAAUCCGGAGUGCGGUGGGAAGCGCUCAGCUGCUCAUGUCCCAAAAGUUUCAGCAGUUUUACUGGCUAUGUCAGCAAAAUCUGGACCCAAGCGCCAUGCCCAGACCCACAUCUCAGGACCUGGCCGGAUUCUGGGACCUCUUGCAGCUUUCCAUUGAAGACGUCACUGCCAAAUUUGAAGAGCUGCAGCAGAUCAAGAGCAACAAGUGGCAACUGCUGGGGAGUCCUGAGAAGAAGGAUCGAAAGUGGAUUCCCCCUCUGACCAGGAGGCCCAGCAGGGGCCGUGGCGGGGUCAUGCGAGAGCGAUCGCUGGAUCUCCAGGACCGCCAGCGCCAGGAGGCCCGCAGACGGCUCAUGGCCGCCAAGCGAGCGGCUUCGUUCAGACAGAACUCAGCUACCGAGCGAGCCGACAGCAUCGAGAUCUACAUCCCGGAAGCUCAGACGAGGCUUUGAGGUCCACGGAUUCAUCCUUGAUUUUCUCUUUGCUCAUUUUUUGGUUUCUUCAUUCAACACCAGCUCCCGGCAUCACAUCUUGCUUCCGUCGCCCACUUUAAGAUGUGUUGCCAUUCUUUCGAUUCUUACGCUUCUAGAUUUUUUUUCAAAAUUCAGCCUCCAAAUCAAUUCAACUCCUAAUUCUGAGGAGUGUGGUGCUUGCAGCAAGCUCAAACGUUCCAACUUUAGCCUUUUAGAGCUGCUAUUGCCCCAAAUCAACACCUGAUUUCAAUAUUUUCUGUACUUUCAAUAAUAUUUGGUACACUGAGAGUUUGUUAGUCAAGUUGUAAUUGUUCCUCUCUCUAAAAAAAAAAUCACUUUCAACUUCAGUUCUUUCAACCUUCAUCCAUUUGAUUCAUGGAACUCAUUUUGCUGCUGGAUGCGUUCACGUUGCAGAACACAUUCGUCUACGAACUCGAGAGAUUGCGCAAGAGGGGAGUACAGAACAGCAUUUUUUGCGCCUUACGAUAUUCAUGUUUGUAUUUCCAAGGGAAAUGUAGUUUAUGGAGCUCACGUGAUAAUGUUGCAGUUGAAUUGCAAAGGACGGUUGAUGGUUUUUUUUUUUUUUUUCCCUCCAUGCCAUUCUAUUCGGAUAUUGUGACAAAUUGCAAAUUUGCAUUUGGUAUUGACGGGAUUGUUGGUUGAUUUAACAGAGCAUUUGUAUGGGUUGAUUAGGGCAUGCUCCCACGCUGCAACCUUUAGCUCAGAUUACGCACACACACACACACACACACACAAAACAUCAUUUAGUCAACAAAGGGUGCAAAUGACACUUUAACACUCGUCAGUUACUCUAGUCAACGGUGCUGCUUUUUACUCUCCAAGUGUUGUCCUUAACCCGGGCCUAUGCGCGCACAGACACACUCAAGGACUUUUUAAAACAGAGAUUUAUCAACAUGGUGCCCGUUUGUCUCUGCGCUGGUUGUGUGUGUGUGUGCUCCAAUGUGACGUUAGGAAGGAUCAUCUUUGCAAUGCGUUUGCCCAAAAUAGUCUUUCGGUUUCUAUAAUAAUGGCAGAAAAGCUCUCAUGCUAUGUUAGCACUAGCCUAUCCAGUAAACUAAAUGUACCUAUAAAGUGACAGCUUCAUAAUCCUUAAGAUUGUUCACUUGUAAUUAGGUGAGUUGUGCCGUUUGUUCCCAUGGCAACCACAGAGCCCUCACUUACUUCAGUAGUUUGUGGUUGGUGGACCAGCCAGGACAAGGAAAUAAAAAAAAAGAUUGGGAUUGCCACAAAUCUUAGCUGUAGUUCUUGCCAAAGGUGUCUCGUGGUAUAUAGGUCAGGGUUCUCAGUCAAGUUCUUCCACACCAAACUCAUAAGAGCGUGCCAGACAAGGACUUUUCUCAUAACCUCCCACAAAAGUGUCCAAAAUGUCUUCUUGGUGUGCUUGGAGGAGAAAAAAAAAAAAGACGGAUGGGCCACUAAGGAGCCCAGUACCAUUUCUUAAUACAACAUUAAUGAAUUUAAAUCAUAGAACAUAGAGACCAUAUAGAUUUUGCCUAUUUCACUGAAUUCCAUACUAACAACAUAAAAUGAUAAAAUAUUUAAUUGAUCUGGUUGAAUUGUUUUGGGUUUUGUAAAUCAGUCACAAUAAUGCAUGUGAAUUUCCCGAUGAAAAUCAGCUUCUGAAUUUUGAUUAGUGGAUGGAGGGAAGGUUGGCAGUGUGUGUUCUAAACAUCGGCGAGUUCUUUCCUGCAUCACACACACACACAGCAAUUGUAGGACAACAACUACCUAUUCAAGCAUAGGUGUGUGUGUGUUUGUGUAUUUGUAGUGUUGUGUAGUGAGGAAUUUACAGGGUUUUAGAUAGUGGGGUUAAAAAGACGUGCACCAUGUGACUUGCACACAGUAACUGGUAUCAUGCGGGGCUAUUAGUACAUAUUAAAUAAUCAUGAUAUCAUAUAUGUGCAUAAGCCAAAAAUAUUUGCUAUAAUGGGGCUUGGGCAACUAUGUACAUGACAAUUCCUCAGGUGCCUUAUGGCGUUGUGCAUGUUGAUGGUUACCGCUGCUGCUGCGACUUCUUCUUAGCGUUAUAAAGGGCUGUAAACUGGUUCGAGUCAGAUUUAAGUCGGAGGCACUGCAACAUUCAAAUCCACACUUCAUCAUGUGUUAUAAGAGCGCGAGAGGAAAAGCAUCAGGGUUUUCCUAGAGUGAUUUUAAAAUAUUUCAAAUAUAUCUUUAUAGUUUUAGAGUGCAAGGGAGAGAGGGAAUAAGACCUUUGCAAACAUUUGCUCUUACUUUGAAUGACCAUCAGUCUUCUGUGAUAUCGCUUAACUGUUGUUUGGGUGGUUUUUAAAUCACUAAAUUCUCAAUAAACAAAAACAACUGGUUAACAGUAAUCGGGGAUAAAUGUUUUUGAUACACCAAUGCAAAUAACAUUUUAUCCGAUUGAUUAAUGUAAUAAUCGAUAAAAUAAUCUAAACAUAUUGACAGCCCUAGAGAAGGACAAUUUAAAAAUGUAACUUAAAAUUAAAUUUGAAAGUAAUCGGGGAUAAAUGUUUUAAAUACACUAAUGCAAAUAACAUUUUAUCCGAUUAUUCGAUUCAUUAAUGUUAUAAUCGAUAAAAUAAUCUAAACAUAUUAAAAAAUGACAGCCCCAGAGUAGGACAAUUUUAAAAUGUAACUUAAAUUUAAAUUUGAAAGUAAUCGGGGAUAAAUGUUUUAAAUGCACUAAUGCAAAUAUUUUAUCCGAUUAUUCGAUUCAUUUAUGUAAUAAUCGAUAAAAUAAUCUUAACAUAUUAAAAAAAUGACAGCCCUAGAGUAGGACAAUUUAAAAAUGCAACAAAUUUAAAAUUAAAUUUAUCUGCUGUGAUUGUUUUUUUUUUUAUACGGACAACAGGAACGUGAAACGCUAAUAGGCUCGUCUUGUUACCUCACUGCAUGGUCAUAGAGGGCUCGUGGCAAACUCGGCAGGUGGGCUUGGAGGCCAAGUCUGCGUACUAUGCACCAUUAGUAUGUUUGUGUUUUCGGGAGGACAGUGGAGGUUACGAUUUAACUUUUAAAUCGACCUACUUUGACGCGCCAACUGAAUCAGUGAACAUCAAAAAGUUGAAACUGGUGCUCAAUGUAUGUUUUUUAGGUUCAUUCAGACAAUCGACACACUCACACACACUAACCCCAACUGAUUGAUCUUUAAUUGAGAAGCAUUUACUAGUUUUGUGCACUGCAAAGAUGUCCUUCACUUGUCGUGCUCUCUCUUCUUAUAAAAUCAUGGAUGACAUCACCCCAUCGUCGACACCCGGCUUUAUCUGCUCCUCAAGCAAUAAGCUUAGUUUACAUGCUUAAUAGCUGGGUGGUACUUCAAUUUCUUUUUCAUUUUUCAAUCAUCCCACACUCUGCUUUUCAGAACAAUAUUGAUAUGAUUAUGUCACCGCUUCCAGAAGCCCACUUGAACCCACUCACAAGCAUUGUUAGUAUAUAUAUUUUUUAUAUAAUAAUUUCAUUAUGAGGAGAGAGAGCAGUCACACUGUUGUUUGCCUUUGAUGGAGAAGUGUGUCGUGUUGUGGACGUUGGUAGAAAAAAAAAUGAUUUAAUUUAAAAAAAAAAAAAGG